UUAUCAUUUUUCUAACCUUUAGGACAGGUGCAUGUGUGUAACUUUAUUCUGUAGUCACUCAUACUGUAUUUAGGGUUAUUCAGACAUAACAUUUCUUGUACUUUUCUUCUCCACAGGUUUCAUCACAUCUGCUGCUGUAGUUCAAACUGAAGUCAUGAAGACUUUUUCUGCAGGUGAAACUGUGACUUUACACUGCUCAAUAUCUCAAAAUUAUGAGAAUUACUAUUAUUGGUUCAAACAAUCUCUGGGUGAAGCUCCAACCUGCAUCCUCAGUGUUUAUGGCUCUUCAAUGAAAACAUUUUUUGGAGACUUCAAGAAUGACAAAAGAUUGUCUGUUAAAAGGAAAGAGGAUUAUUUUGCUUUAAUUAUAAACGACACAAGAUCAUCAGAUACUGGAAUAUACUACUGCGGUGCCCGUGACUAUGAUCAGAUCACUUUCAGUAAUGGGAUGUUUUUACAUUAUAAAGUUUCAGGGGAAAGUACAAUACAACAAUAUAUACAGCAAUUUUUGCCUGAAAUGGACUUGGGUACUCAAGAUAAGCAUGAGUUUAAUCCAGGAGACUCUGUGAAUUUGCAAUGCACAAUUCUCACUAAAAGAUGUGUUGGAAAUCACAGUGUAUACUGGUUUAGACAUGGAUCAGGAGAUAGCCAUCCAGGAGUGAUAUACACACAUAAAAACAGAAGUGAUGAAUGUAUGAGAAGCUCUGGUGUAGACUCACAGUCCUGUAUAUACAAUCUCCCAAAACACAAACUCACUUCAUCUGAUGCUGGGAUGUAUUACUGUGCUGUGGCUAUGUGUGGAGAAAUAUUGUUCGGGAAGGGAAGCAGGCUUGCAAUUGGAGCACAAAAUUCCCUCUGGAGCAACUUAAUGGUCUCAGCUUUGGUAGCAUCAAAUAUUUUAUGUUUGUUGAUCAUCGCUGUCCUUUUAUAUAAAAGGACAUCAAAAACAAAAGAAACCUUUGAAACUUCCCAGCUAUUACAUCAAAUGCCAUCUGUGGUUCCUGCUGAUGAGGGUGCAUUAAGCUAUGCAGCAGUAAAUUUCCCCGAGAGACGCAAGACUGAACGAAGCACAGACACAAAUGUAGUUUAUUCCACUGCCAGAUUGGUCAAAUAAUAUAUCUGGAGAUAUACGGCAAAGAAAAGGUAGUUUUUAAAAAGUGCAACACUCUUAAGCGCUCUUAAUACAAUCGGGAUCUUAAUGUAUUUGUAAGAUACAUAUUUAUUUUUACCAAUGUGUUAUUUACCAAAAUGUUUAAACAAAGCUGUACAGUCCUGCUACAGUGUCAAA